AUGCAUUCAUCAUUCGUUUGCCUUUUUCUAACGGUUCUUGUUGCAAAUCUUUCAUGGUCAGUGCUAGCAGGUGAUUAUCCGGUUGUUGGAAUAGUAUUGCUACAAUCAGCACCACGAUUCCAAGCUUUCGGUAGCGUUGUACUGAUCCAAAAAGGCGAAGAUGCGCCAAUAAAUGUUGAAGGUAUCAUUCUUAAUCUUAAACCAAACAGCCGUUUUGGUUUACACGUUCAUGAGCAAGGAGACCUUACAAAUGCUUGCCAAAGCACUGGUGCUCAUUUCAACCCAUACGGAAAACACCACGGUAGUGAAAAAAGUGUAGAACGCCAUUGGGGCGAUUUCGGAAACAUUAUGAGUGAUGCAUCAGGUACGGCCCGAGUGAUGGUUACAAUUGAAGACGUUUCUUUAAUUGGUGCUGAUGGAUACAUUGGUCGAGCUCUUGUACUCCACGAACGUGAAGAUGAUCUUGGCUUAACUGACCAUGAAAUGAGUAGAAAGACCGGAAAUUCCGGAGAACGUUUGGCUUGCGGUGUUAUUGGUAUUCGUCGACCAACUGAUCGCUUACCGUUACCUCAACCAACACAAAAAGCUACGCUUGGCCAACAACGUCCAUUCAACUUCGUUCCAACAUUUCAACAACAAUCGCAAAACAUGAGAACAGUUUAA